AUGGCGCCGCGGUCCUGAGCGCCGCGCCCGGUGGGGACGGCGCUGGGCGGGGUGCCCCGGGCGGGAGGGGGCCGCGGGAUGACCGGCGUCCUGCCGAGCCCGGCGCCGGACAUGCACGCCAGCCAGCUCUCGGCCGGCGGCUAUCAGCAGCACGGCCUGCACAAGCCGCAGGAGUCCCCCACGCUGCCCGUCUCCACCGCCACCGACAGCAGCUACUACGCCAACCGGCAGCCCUACGGCCAGCCGGUGCCCUGCCCCUACGCGCCCGGCGCCGCCCCCUUCCCCGCCAAGCCGGGCUACGACCCGGGCUACGCGGUCGCGUACGGCUCCUACGGGCCCUACGGCGCCGGGGCCUCGCCGGCCGCCAACGACUCCGAGAAGGAGGAGUGCGAGCCCGAGGUGCGGAUCGUCAACGGGAAGCCCAAGAAGGUCCGCAAGCCGCGCACCAUCUACUCCAGCUUCCAGCUGGCGGCCCUGCAGCGCCGCUUCCAGAAGACGCAGUACCUGGCGCUGCCCGAGCGCGCCGAGCUGGCCGCCUCCCUCGGCCUCACCCAGACACAGGUGAAGAUCUGGUUCCAGAACCGCCGCUCCAAGUUCAAGAAGAUGUGGAAGAGCGGCGAGCUGCCCGCCGAGCCGCCCCCGCGCCGCAGCGCCUCGCCGCCGCCCCCUGCCUCGCCGCCCGCCUGGGACUUCGCUCCGCACUCGCGCGCGGAAGGCGGCCCCCCCAGUCCCGGCCCCGCCGCGGCCUUCCUCGGCAGCUACGCGUGGUAUCCGCCCGGCCCCGCGCCGUCCGCCGCUCCCCUCCCUCAGCACCACCACGGCGGCGGCGGCGGCGGCAUCUUCUAGGGGACGGCGGGUCAUCCCCCUUUUUAUUUUUUUAACGUCGAUAGGUGCCUUUGCGGAAGACCUCAUUCUGAUGUUGGGGACUGAACAAAAAAGCAAAUAAAAAUAAAGCGAUUUUAAAAAAUUUAAAAAAAAGAUACAUAAUUUUUAUAUGUAGGUUUAAAGCCGGAUCGUCUCGCCGUCCCGUCGCCCCCCGCGGCCGUGCACGGGAGUCCCUCUCCGGUGCCCCCGGGCGGGAUCGGGCCCCGACGGAGCCCCCUCGGCACGCGGCUGCCAGCGCGGCGCUGAGAGCCGUGACACGAAAUAAACAAAGGGUAUUUUGGUU